AUGUCCACCGCCCAGCAGUUCAUGCCCCCUUCUCCCCCUCAGGACGACAAGUACGGCGUCCAGGAUUACCCGAUGCCGAUGCAGACCGGGCAAGACCCCCUUCGUCAACACACCUCUGACUCCUCCACCCACCAACCCCUCCCCCGUGGCGCCGACUACGAAGCCCAAUACCUCGACAUCAAGCCCACCCCCUCCCCCCACCUCUCCCGCAUCGGAAACCCCACCCCGCUCGGUCUCGCCGCUCACUGCGCUACCCUCGGCGCAGCCUCCUGGGCCAUCAUGGGUUUCGCCGGAACAUCCGGUGCCGCCCUCCAAGCCCUCGCUCCUGAAUUCAUCUUCUUCCCCGGUACCAUGCUCCUCAUCUCUGCCCAAUGGGAACUCGUCAUUGGUAACUCCUUUGCCUACACUGUCUUUGGGAGUUUCUCGGCCUUUUGGUUGGCGUUUGGGUAUUUGAAUUUGCCGUGGACUGGGCUUGCGGCGAGUUAUGCGAGUGAUCCGUUGGGGUUGAAUCAUUUGAUUGGGUUCUUUGUUAUGAGCUAUGCUGUGUUGAACUUUUUCUUUUGGGUUGCGUCGUUGAAGACGAAUGUUCCGUUUGUUUUCAUGUUCACGUUCCUCGAGUUGGCUCUCAUCCUCAUCGCCGCCGGAUACCUCCAGAUGGGUCACAUCACUGACGCUGCCGUCGGUACGAUCCUCAAGGCCGGUGGUGCCUGUGGGUUUAUCUGUACCUUUGGCGGAUGGUACUUGUUCGUUGUUGAGCUUCUCGGCAUGAACGGAUUCAACAUUCCCUUCCCCGUCGGCGACCUCUCCCACCUCUUCGGCAGGAAGGACGCCAAGAAGGAGCAGUGAGCUCCUUCAACCCUACACGCUCUCACAUUGCCGCGGCCGCUGGGUCUAGCUGAGAAGCGUGAGGUGAAGCUCAGGUCGUGCUAAGGUCAUACAUUCGUUUUCAAUAUUUCUGUUUUAUCUCUUCUUUCUUUUACGGUGUACCCGUGAGUUGGUUUAAUCUUCUUUUCGUGGGAUUGCAAUUCAUAUUGACC